GUAAAGCUGUGGUUACCCUGACCUCGUUAUAACGAGUUAAUCUGUGACACUGGUGUACAAAGCCCAGGGCUGCAAGCUUAUGCUGUGUUUAUUGUGACCAGCCCCUCAACGCUGUACGCCGUGUAAAUCUGAGGUUUCUAGGACUUGAAGAUGAUCCUGAUUGUCUUGGGCACAGUCCUUGCGACAGUGGCCGCCGUAGUUGCUGUCGUGAUGUUCACGUGUCCUUGGGUGAAGUAUGAUUUUCAAUAUAUCAAGAAAGGACUCAAGAUACUCAAAAUGGUAAAGAAGAAGGUGCAGACGCGAGAGUACGCUGUGGACUCGCUGGAGAGGCAGGUGCGUGAACGGCCCAAACAGACGUUCAUCAUCUACCAAGACAACAACUACACCUACGAGUUCGUGGACCAGAAAGCGAAUCAGAUAGCUCGGGCUGCCCUCAAGCUGGGACUCAAGGCUAAAGAUGUUGCUGCAAUCAUGAUGCUCAAUGAACCAGCGUUUCUGUGGACGUAUUUUGGUCUGCAGAAGAUCGGCGUGUCCGUGUCCCUCAUCAACUAUCACCUCCGCCACAAGGCUCUCGCCCACUCCAUCACCAGCUGCAAGCCUAAGAUACUCAUCGUAGGUCAAGGUGAGGAAUUGUCGUCUGCUCUGAAAGAAAUUCAAGACGACCUCGGUGAAAUCCGCAUCCUGACCCAUGACGCACACGUUCCCGGCCUGAAGUUCGAGUCUCUCGGCAAACUGACUGAGGGUGAGUCGGAGGCAACAGUCGACUACAAGCACAGAGCGGAAGUGACCCUCACGGACGUGGCAUCUUUCAUUUUCACUUCCGGUACAACAGGUCUACCGAAACCAGCAAUCGUUUCUCACAAGAAAACAGUCAUGGCCUUGGCCGCGUUUGAGGUGUUUGACUUCAAUGAGAAUGAUGUGCUGUACGAGGUGCUGCCGCUGUAUCACUCCGCCGGCCUCAACCUCGGCGUCUUCUCCGUCCUGAACGCAGGUGCUGUCAUGGUUUUACGGACCAAGUUUUCCGCCAGCAACUUCUGGUACGACUGUCGCAAGCACAGCGUCACUGUGGUGCACUACAUCGGGGAAAUGUGCCGGUACCUCGUCAACAGGCCAACGACCCAGGAAGAUGGGAUCCACACUAUCCGGGCUGCUGUGGGCAAUGGGUUGCGCAAAGACAUCUGGAAGGAGUUUGCAACAAGGUUUAGGAUACCCCAGAUUCUGGAGUUCUACGCUGCGACAGAGUCACCAAUAGGCUUUACCAAUAUCUACAACAAAGUUGGAAGCGUUGGGAGAGCCUCACCUCUGACGAAUUUACUUUUCCCGGCUGCCUUCGUUGAGUUUGAUGAGGCUACACAGACCGCAAGGAGAGAUGCAGAGGGGCAUUGCACCAGGGUGGGGAAAGAUCGCGUGGGGCUCCUGAUUUCGCCUCUAGAUAAGAUAAGGACAUUUGACGGCUACCAUAAUCGCCCGGUGGACAACGAGAAGAAGUUGCUCCGCGACGUCUUCAAAUCUGGCGACGUCUACUUCAACACGGGUGACCUCUUCUACGUGGACAACGAAUACUUCAUUUACUUCCAGGACCGCACCGGAGAUACGUAUAGGUGGAAGGGGGAGAAUGUGUCGACAAAUGAAGUAUCCAAUGUGCUGUCCACAGUCGACUUCGUCCAUGAUGCCAACGUUUACGGCGUCACUGUCCCAGGUUGUGAGGGAAGGGCUGGAAUGGCGGCUAUUCACCUGAAGCAAGACGUCCAACUGGACUCUAAAGGCCUGAAAGAUAUCAGUGAGCAUUGUGCGCAGGAACUUCCGGCCUAUGCUCGACCCAAAUUUCUACGCGUUCAACGGCAGAUGAGUCUGACAAGCACCUUCAAGCAGCAGAAAGUAGACCUGGUUAAUGAAGCGUUUAACCCUUCAAGCGUUGACGAGCCUCUGUACUAUUUUGACAGUAAAAGGAAUGCGUUUGAAGCAAUCAGUGAAGAUAUAUACGAAGACAUUGCAAAUGGUCGGAUAACGUUGUGAUAAGACUUUCUGAGAUCUUGAUAAAGUCAGGAGUUUUUGGACUAUGAGCAUCCAGGAACUCAUAGGAUCUCGUAACGCCUCGCGAUCUAACCAAGGUUAUUUGUCAUUUGCAUGGAAUGGAUGAUCAAACCAUGCCAGGACUCAACAUGCACCGCCUAUGUGAAAUCAACCAUUUCCACACGUGGUAUCAGAUGUAGUAGAAGUUGAGCGUCCACAUCUUCCGCUUUAAGUCCACGUCAGUUGGUGCGAUGAAAGGAUGAAAGCCUACUGAGAAAUACCGCAGCAUCUUUGCAUAUAACCGACCACAGUUACAGCAACAAAGUCUUCAAACUGUAACUGUUUGUUAUUAUUAAGUGAGUGUAGUUUUACGCCGUUUUUAGCAAUAUUCCAGCAAUAUCACACAAGAAAUGGGCUUCACACGUUGUUCUCAUGUGGGGAAUCGAGCCUGGGUCGCGUGACGAGCGAACGCUUUAACUACUAGGCUACCCCGCCGCCUAUAUUAUGAAGUACUAAAAGAACAAAAUGGUUGAAAAGGAUCGGGAAUCACCGAAUCAUAUUAUCUACAGUGCCUGUGAACUGCGUGUCAGUGAAAUAUAAUACUUGUCUGUCUGUAUUCGUGUAUCGUAUUGGUGUACAAGGGUAGUGCCAUAUACAGAGAUAGGGCUGAUAAAUACAACGCACAAUAGCAAUUACUAUCUUAUGUCGACACCUCAUAUAUGGCGUUUAUUGCAGCACGGUUUUGUAAGAAUCUGGAAGCAAUAAAAAAAUAUUUUCUUA